GAGAGGCUGGCUGUCAGUGAGAGAGCUGGAGAGGCUGGCUGUCAGGGAGAUAGCUGGACAGAGCUUGGCUGUCACUGAGAGAGCUGGAGAGGCUGACUGUCAGUGAGAGAGCUGGAGAGGCUGGCUGUCAGUGAGAGAGCUGGAGAGAUCCUGGCUGUCCCUGAGAGAGCUGAAGAGACUGUCUUUCACUGAGAGAACUGGAGAGGCUGGCUGUCAGUGAGAGAGCUGGAGAGGCUGGCUGUCAGUGAGAGAGCUGGAGAGGCUGGCUGGCUUUCACUGAGAGAACUGGAGAGGCUGGCUGUCAGUGAGAGAGCUGGAGAGAUCCAGGCUGUCAGUGAGAGAGCUGGAGAGACUGUCUAUCAGUGAGAGAGCUGGAGAGGCUGGCUGUCAGUGAGAGAGCUGGAGAGGCUGGCUGUCAGUGAGAGAGCUGGAUAGAUCCUGGCUGUCCCUGAGAGAGCUGAAGAGACUGUCUUUCACUGAGAGAACUGGAGAGGCUGGCUGUCAGUGAGAGAGCUGGAGAGGCUGGCUGUCAGUGAGAGAGCUGGAGAGACUGGCUUUCACUGAGAGAGCUGAGCUGGAGAGGCUGGUUGUCAGUGAGAGAGCUGGAGAGAUCCUGGCUGUCAGUGAGAGAGCUGGAGAGAUCCUGGCUGUCAGUGAGAGAGCUGGAGAGACUGUCUAUCAGUGAGAGAGCUGGAGAGGCUGGCCGUCAGUGAGAGAGCUGGAGAUAAGCUGCCUUCCAGGGCUGAGUUGCAGCAUCCCCCCACCUGGGCACAGCAUGCUACAGUGGCACACAGGGCAGUGGAUAUAAGGACAUAAGGCUUGCAGGACUGCUAGGAAUACCCCAAUGAUGCCUGAAGACCACACUCCCAGGCUUACUCCUCAGGGCAUCCCAUACAAGGAUUUAACCUACUGUGUGAAUGAAGAUGGGCAGCACAUUUAUUGCAAAUAUUGGAAGCCAUCUGGUCCUCCAAGAGCAUUGGUAUUUAUUGUACAUGGAGCCGGGGAGCACUGCUGCCGCUACGAUGAUUUAGCACAGUUACUGACUGGUUUGAAAUUCCUCGUCUUUUCCCAUGACCACGUUGGCCAUGGUCAGAGUGAAGGAGAGAGGAUGACUGUAUCUGAUUUCCACAUUUUUGUCAGGGAUGGCCUGCAGCAUUUGGACCUCAUGAAGAAGGAGCACCCCAACCUGCCAAUCUUUCUCUGUGGACACUCCAUGGGAGGUGCCAUAUCCAUCCUCAUGGCCAGUGAGAGAUCUGUCGACUUCUCAGGUGUCAUCCUGAUAUCUCCCUUAGUUCUGCCCAACCCGGAAUCAGCUACGUCAUUCAAGGUUUUUGCAGCUAAAAUAUUGAACCAUGUUCUCCCCAAUCUCUCUCUGGGAGGUAUCGACCCAAAUCUGGUAUCUCGGAAUAAAAAAGAGGUCGAGUCAUAUAUGACAGAUCCACUCGUUUACCAUGGAGGAAUGAAGGUUUCCUUUGGAGUGCAGUUACUGAAUGCCUCAUCACGAGUCGAGCGAGUGUUGCCCAAUUUCAAACUACCAGUAUUGUUAAUGCAUGGCACGGCAGACAAACUCUGUGACAUUCGAGGCUCGCAUCUUAUGAUGGAUACUGUUCCCAGCGAGGACAAAACUCUAAAGGUUUAUGAAACCGGAUUCCACGCGUUGCACAAAGAACUGCCAGAGGUCACUAGAUCUGUAUUCCAAGAGAUAGAAACCUGGCUUCUACAAAGAAUAGAAAAAGAAGAGGCACCAUCAGCAACCACUUCACAGAUUGCAAAGAACACCUAGGAUCUAUCAUAAGUACCCUGAUCAGCCUCGAAUUGACAGACUGUUUCAUCCAGAUCACCAGGUCUGCCUCCAGAAAACUGAGCAUCGUCCCUUCGUCAGCUUGUGUUCAGCUGAGCUUUUACCCACAUCGCUCGAUUAACCCUAUACCUAGAUCUACCUGUUCUCCACUGAGUUUAGCAACUAAACCUCUACCAAAUAAAGUUGUACUUAGCUGAGCUAAUACCCCACUGAUCAAACUGUGUUUGAUUGAACUUCUACUAUGAUCGACCUGUGCUCAACUGAGCUUAUACUUUUAUCAGUCUACACCUGAUUCACCCCUUUUUUCAGACUCCAACAAAUCCGUAUUUUGAAGUCCAUCUGUGACUUUUUCUAUUUUUUCCUUAUAAGACUAAUUUACUAAUCUAUAUUUGAGCAAGCACAAGGACCACAACACACAAAACAAACAGCCGAUCCAACACCUGGCUGAAGUGGAAGCACAAAUUAAUAAACGAGACUUCAAAAUUGAAAACCUUUAAAAGUCAGGUGGAAUUGGACAUUACAAUUCUCAGCAAUAAUUGUACAAAUCGCACCCAGCUCCACUUGGCCUAACAUAUAAGAACUUGGCUUAACCGAUUGGUGCAGAAUUCCACAGAUUAUUUGUAAUCAAUAAUCCUGGAAGAAAAAGACCACUUUGUCAAUUCAUAUCCAGGAAAUCAAAGCAAUAUGUUGAAAAAAUAACAAAAUGCAAAUUCGUCAUGGAUCUGCAGACAUAUAGGAAAGGUGAAAAAUAAAAUAGGAUUUUGCGAGGGGGAUAAUCGCUUGUAGGAAUCCAUGUAAAUAUUCCCUGUUCCCCUGUUUUAAUAGAUUUUUAUUACAGAUAAUAGUAUAUGGAUAAUACUAUUUAACAUGUUAAUAUAUUUACUGCCUGAAAUUAAGGAGUAUUUUUUUUUAAAUAUAUAUUUCAUACGUUAUUCAUAAAUGCUAAAAUUGUGGCCUUUGGUCUGGUAAUCUUUGGAACACUUGUCCUUUUGAAUCCCCAAACUGCGGUGACCCUUUUUAUUGUUCAGCAGAGCAUUGCAAAUCAAUAUAAGCUGCUGUAGUAGUUAAAAAAGGUUUAACGUAAUAGGGUUCUCACUUUGAUUACCAUCAGUUUAAAGACUGUUUCCUAGAGAUUUUUCUCUAUUCAGUGCUUAUUAGAAAAUAAAAAAUCUGUUUAAGUACUGGGCUUCAAAAUCCACAAAUAGUUGAGGUUACAGUGGCCACCCUGGAAUAGCAGAUAGCACAGUUGCCCAAUUUAGAUUUCCAUUUUAUUCAAUUCAUUAUGAAUUAUGUAGGUAAUAUACAAAAGUUUGUUGAGAAUUUCUUGAAUCUUGUAUAUCUUCAGACCACAAAUCCACCCUUCAUUUCAUAUCAUGCAGAAAUGCUAAAACCUAUGGGACAUUAGUAUACCAAUUAUCAAUAACCCAAAUUAAUCACAAAAUUGGAACGGACUAUAUCCAUUAAUGUGACUUUCAUUUUGUAAUUAGUAACUUGAGUUCACAGGUUCAAAGAUUAAAUCUGUUUGGCAAGUUUAUAAUUUCAAAGAAUAUAUUCUCUUCUUUCCUCUCUACUGGAGCCCUCUUUGACACAAGGUUGGCCCACAUCAUUAAUCCUCAGUUUAUAUUAUUUGACCUUGUCCCAUAUGUCUAUAGCUGGAUUAGUCUGUGUCUGUUUUUGACAGUUCAACCUGUGUACAUAUGAGAACAUACUUUAAAAUUCUACAUUGAUGGUGGUUCUAGAGCUCCAAACCCCGAUGGAAAGUCAGAAAACCACAUGUGUUUACGUAGGGAAAUGCCUAUGAGCAGGGACUCUAAGGACCACAUUUCAGAAAUACUGCUCUAUAUAAUUUGAGGUCUAGGUCCUAAAUUUUUAGAAUGCUUUAGUAGACCUGGUUAUCAGGUUUCCCCAGUUAAGCAAAGGCAGCUAAGUGUAUGACAUUCUAGAAGAGUGAUCAAACAGCAUGAAUACUAGUAAGACAUAAAAUAAGCUUGUAUGGGUCAACAUCAUAAAAAUUAGUAGAGCAGUAUACACAUUACAUGAUUGUAGGUAGCCUUUGCUGCUUGAAUACAAUCUUCUCAUGUGCAUUGUAGAAUGACUUUUAACAGGGAAGCAGGCAAACGUUGAAAUAGGACAUAGCCCCCAUCCGAAUCAAGAUCUAGCAAUUACCGAAGUUAAAAUAAAAUAGUGCUUCUAAUAUUCUAAAACACAGAAACAUUGUGUAUAGCAUUAACAGAUGGAACAUUGCUAGAAAUAUGUGGCUAUUAAUCAUUGAUCUCACACGGAGACCCAACAAAAUUGCAUAGGAUAGCUCUUAGAUGUAAAAGAUACAAAAUAAUGGGUGCAAUCCAUGGAAGGUACUUCCCUGAGUACCAAAUCUCGUUUUGGUAGGCUGUUUGAAUUGUAUUUGCUGUAUUGUACUUUAUUAUUAUUAUUUUUUUUUUUUGCUUUAUCACUUAUUUUCUUUUUGUUUGUGUGUUUCAUGUAGGGCUGUUUUUGUAAUUCAUGUUACUCCCAUUGUAGGAGUUAAUGUCUUCUGGACUCUCUAUCUCCCAGAAGAGGAGAUUCAGUAACUCGUUUAUUAUGAAAACGCUAUAACAUUUAAUAUUAGUUCAAUAUUCCUUUAAUAUUUACAAAUGUUUUGCAAUAGUGGGCUCAUUAAAAUGUUAACAAUAAGCUAGAUUUGCAACAUAUGCUUUUACAAACAUAUCAACUUACAUUGUAGUUCUGCAGAACCUGGUGCAAUAAAACACUCGCUGGUUUUCUCCUCAGCAAGAAAAUACAGGCUUUUCAGCAGCAUCCCACAUUAUAGAGCCCAUGGGGCUGAAUUGCUGACGAUCUGACGUUUUUUGUAAUGAGUUGAGAAAGGAAAUGUAACAGAAGAUUGACAAAGAUGAUAAUGUACAGAAACAAUGUAUCAUUUGAGUUCCAUAUGUUUAUCUCUGAUGAUGUUUGCUGUUGUACCAGUUUAUCAUGCAAGGAACAAAAUGGACAUGGUAUAUCCUAUGUAUAUGGACAGGUUCAGCAAAAAGUCAGGAACUAAACAGAUGCUUGUAAUAUGUGUAAUGUAUACCUGCCAACUGUCCCAGGUACAGAGUGUGAGUGCAUUAUAAGACACGUUCACACUGUGCAUAGAGCUAUCAGGACAUUAUAGGAUCACUAUAGUGUCAGGAAAACAGACUUGUUUUCCUGACACUAUAGCAUCCUUAGGACCCCCCACCCUCAGGG